CGCCCCGCGCCCCGCUCCGCCCCGCGCCCCGCUCCGCCGCUCCAGCAUGCACGGAGGAUGCUCGCGUCUUGCUCGGGCAGGAAGGGGCCGGAGGGCAGGUACCCGCUGCACUACCUCGUCUGGCACAACCGAGCCCGGGAGCUGGACCGGGAGCUCAGCGCCAAGCAGGCCGACAUCGAGCAGCUGGACCCCCGAGGACGCACCCCGCUGCACCUGGCCACCACGCUGGGCCACCUGGAGUGCGCCCGGGUGCUGCUGAAGCAUGGAGCCGAUGUGGGCAAGGAGAACCGCAGCGGCUGGACAGUGCUACAGGAGGCCGUGAGCACCCGCGACCUGGAGCUGGUGCAGCUGGUUCUGCGCUACCGCGACUACCAGAGAGCCAUCAAGCGCCUGGCUGGGAUCCCCAUCCUGCUGGAGAAGCUGCGCAAGGCCCAGGACUUCUACGUGGAGAUGAAAUGGGAGUUCACCAGCUGGGUGCCGCUGGUGUCCAAGAUCUGCCCCAGCGACACCUACAAGGUGUGGAAGAGCGGCCAGAACCUGCGGGUGGACACCACGCUGCUGGGCUUCGACCAUAUGACCUGGCAGCGGGGCAACCGCAGCUUUGUCUUCAGGGGACAAGACACCAGCGCAGUGGUGAUGGAGAUCGACCACGACCGGCGAGUGGUCUACUCGGAGACGCUGGCCCUGGCCGGCCACGACCAGGAGGUGCUGCUGGCUGCUGUGCAGCCCACAGAGGAGCAGGUGAUGGGUCGGCUCACAGCCCCUGUCGUUACCACCCAGCUUGACACCAAGAACAUCGCCUUUGAGAGGAACAAGUCUGGGAUUCUGGGUUGGAGGAGCGAGAAGACGGAGAUAGUGAAUGGAUAUGAGGCCAAGGUCUACGGCGCGUCCAACGUGGAGCUGAUCACACGGACGCGGACGGAGCACCUCUCGGACCAGCACAAGGGCAAGAGCAAAGGCAGUAAGACCCCGCUGCAGUCCUUCCUGGGCAUCGCCGAGCAGCACGUGGGGCCCAACAACGGGACGCUGAUCACGCAGACGCUGAGCCACGCCAACCCCACCGCCAUCACCCCUGAGGAGUACUUCAACCCCAACUUCGAGCUGGGCAACAGGGACAUGGGGCGGCCCAUGGAGCUCACCACCAAGACGCAGAAGUUCAAGGCGAAGCUGUGGCUGUGCGAGGACCACCCGCUGUCCCUCUGUGAGCAGGUGGCCCCUAUCAUCGAUCUGAUGGCCAUCAGCAACGCGCUCUUCGCCAAGCUGCGCGACUUCAUCACGCUGCGCCUCCCGCCCGGCUUCCCCGUCAAGAUCGAAAUCCCCAUCUUCCACAUCCUCAACGCCCGCAUCACCUUCGGGAACCUCAACGGGUGCGACGAGCCCGUCAGCUCCCUGCGGAACAGCCCCAGCAGCGAGGCUCCCUCACCCAGCAGCGACUCCUCCAGCGUCAGCAGCUCCAGCUCCCUGACGUCCUGCCGGGCGUGCGAGAUGGACCCGGCGCUCUUCGAGGUGCCGCGGGGGUACAGCGUGGUGGGCACCCACCAGGACGCCCUGCGGGAGGACGAGGACGAUCUGCUGCAGUUCGCCAUCCAGCAGAGCCUGCUGGAGGCGGGGAGUGAGUAUGACCAGGUCACCAUAUGGGAAGCACUGACCAACAGCAAGCCGGGCACCCACCCCAUGUCGCACGAGGGACGCCGGGGAGACAGGUUGGACUCCCCAGCACACGGCAGCCCCCAGACCCCCCUCCAGCCCGGCACCGAGGGGCGGCGGGGGGCCCAGUGCCCUGUUCCCCAGCUACGCGGAGCAGCUGCGCUUGGCCAUGGCGCUGUCGGCGCGGGAGCAGGAGGAGGCCGAGCGGCGGACGCGGCAGGAGGAAGAGGAGCUGCAGCGCAUCCUGCAGCUCUCCCUGAUGGAGAAGUGACCCCCCGCCCCCGCUGAGCCCCCCCACCCCGACUCGGGGCCUGGGGACGUGUGUAUAGGGCACGGAGGGGUGUGUGGGGGGACGGCCCGUGCAGAGGACAAAUAGGGGGGGCGGCGUCGGCCCCAUAGCCGGGGCAGGGGUGAGUGCUGGGGGGCACUGGGGGUGGCAGGGAACAGGGGGCGUAUCCUGCAUGCUGCCCCCCACCAUCUGACCCCAGGGAGGCGGGGGGGGGGCACAUCCUUCCCCAGCCAUGGGGGCACCUCGAGAGCCAUGGGGCUCUGCCCCUCCCCUUGGCCCCACUGCCCAGGCGCUACCAAGUGCACUUACCCGGGAGCUGCUCUGCCUGCCAACGGGGGGGGGGCUCGGCCCCACUGCACCCCACAGCCCAUGUGGGGCUGCACGGCCUCCCCCCAAGCCAAGGGGGCAACCAAGGGGGGGCCCGCAAAGAGAUGCCCGAUGUCACCCCCCUCACCCUGUGCUCGCACCCUCCCUGCCCUGCUCGGAUGCUCCCCCCCACCAUGGCAGCGCCGCACCCCCUCAUCCCGGGCACUGCCCCCCACCCCUGGUAAAACUUUACAUCAAAUGGUGCUAACCCCCGGGCCCACACCUCCCUGCCCCGGGCUGUUCCUUCUUUGCACACGGGGGGGACUGCGGGGUCGCCCCCAAAGGGACUUUUCGUAGCGGCACCCCUUCCCCCCCCAUCCACGCACCCCACAAGUGACGACUGGGCCAGGGCCGGGGGGAGCCCGAGCAGCUCCGACCGCGGCCAACACCAAUAAAUGCUCUGAGAGGA